UCCGUUUCCUCCUGCCUCUGCUGCUUUCUACUGAGCUACAUCGGCUGAGCCAAGCGCAUACCAUAACUACAUGCCAGGUGAUGCACUGAGGGUGGUUUUUAAUAAAGACCACCCGCUAUGCAGUGCUGGUGCUCGGUACACGGUUUGUAGGUAUCUGUGUGGUAGGGCAGACUGGGUCCAGACAUCAGGAAGCUGAAGAAAAGAGAACUGUGAGAGCAGACAGACAGGAGGCCACGGUUCCCCCUCACACACAUACACACAUCACCACGGCCUUGAUGGUGAUGUAUGCAAGGAAACCAACAAGAGUCAGCGAUGGGUGCAACGACAGAAGGGAUUCACAAUCCUAUCAGACCCAUAAAUCUCAGCCAAAGAGCCAGUCCAGCAGCCUUCACCGUUACGACAAGGUGCGCGAUGGCUCAUCGGAUCCCACACCCCCUUACAAGAUGCUGCGACGCUCAGACGAAAGUCCUGUCAGCAGACAUGGAGACAGUACUGGGCAUGGCAAGGCAAAAACCUCUCACACAAUUAGAGGAAAAAAUGGGACCAGCGGCUCUCCUCAGGAGAACUCCCACAACAACAGCUCCCACCAUGGCUCCGACUCACAUGCAGCUCAGAACAAACCUGCAGACAGGCACCAGGACCCAGCAGAUGACUGGACAGAACACAUUAGCUCCUCUGGCAAGAAGUACUACUACAACUGUAGAACUGAGGUCUCCCAGUGGGAGAAGCCCAAGGAUCUGUUGGAGAGGGAACAACGACAGAAAGACUCAGUCAAGAUGGCGGCGAACAGUUUCCCCAGGGAUAUGGACUACAGACAAGAGGCCUUGCAGGACAAAGCCACAUCAAAGACCACAUCAGGGGACCAGUCAACAGCAUCAAACGCCGGCCAUUCCUCCUCUUCCUCUUCUUCUCAGAGCCUGAAUUCUGCUCCCGGUGCUUUAGGUUCCACCCCCUCCACCAUGUCCUCUUCCUCUUCCUCCUCUACGGGGCAGUUGCUCCAGUCUGUCCAGUCCCCUUCACCAGCACUGCUGCAGGACCCAGCCCUCCUACAUCAGCUCCUCCCAGCCCUGCAGGCAACUCUGCAGAUGAAUAAUGGCAGUAUGGACAUGGCUAAGCUCAAUGAGGCCCAGCACUCCAGUCAGUCUCCCGUUUCUCUGACAUCAGAUGCAUCAUCGCCACGGCCGUACGUCUCACCACGGAACGGCACACCCCAGAGCAACCAGAAAUCCCUUCUGGGCGUACAUCCCAGCAGCAUCACAUCCUCACAAACAAGGGGCAGUAUGUCUUCAGGGAAGCAAGGAUCUGUCAACCUGUCUCAGUCCGCAGAGAAGCGUCCAGAAGACCCCAGAACUCUCCAGCAGAGAAGCCAGGAGAUUCUAUGCACGGGUUCAAAUAUGUCCGGUGCUGCAUUGCCCCAUGUCCCCUCCAACAGCAGCGGCCAAACCCAGACUGACACCCCCGGCUCCUUCACUCCCACCCUGGCAGCCCAUUUUGAUGAGACCCUCAUCAGACAUAUCCAAGGAUGGCCUUCAGAGAACACGGAGAAACAGGCGGCUCGGUUGCAUGAGGACAUCCACAACAUGGGCAGCUUGUACAUGUCUGAGAUCUGUACAGAGAUGAAAAAUCUGCGCUCCCUGGUCAGAGUGUGUGAAAUUCAGGCCACACUGAGGGAACAGAGAAUCCUGUUUCUGAGGCAGCAGAGCAAAGAGCUGGACAAGCUGAAGAACCAGAACUCCUACAUGGUGUGAGCACCUCAGCAGAGAAGAAAGGAUUUGGAUGGAUGGAUUAAAAUAUUGUUAUAAAAGUGGAAUAGACAUGGACGGCAAGCUGCUACAGCCUGUUUAUUCUCCCUGUAAGAGCAACUGAGAAAAGCUGUUAGAAGACAGCGGCUGAAAAAGCUCCAUCAUCCUGAACGUGUCUUUUUCUUUUCUUUACUUUUUUUUUUUUUUUUUUUUUUU